UAGAGAGGAUGCGUCCUUACCUGUGUGAUAAAAUCAUAGCCGAGAGACACUUUGAUUACCUGCGUUCAAAGAAAAUACUCACUAGAGAGGACACAGAAGAAAUUUCUUCUCGAUCUUCCAGUAGGAAAAAAACUGGGAAGUUACUGGACUACUUAGCAGAGAACCCAAAGGGACUAGACACUUUGAUUGAAUCUAUCAGACGAGAAAGAACACAAAACUUCCUGUUACAAAAGAUAACUGACGUGGUGUUGAAAGUCAAAAAUGAAAAACUUGAAGCUCUCAAAGGUCUGAGCUGCAGCACCUGUAUGACCUCACUGUAUGGAGGAACAAAUGAUCUUUCUAGAUCAAAUUCAAACGAUUCCAAUUUCUUUGAUAAAACGAAAGACAAAGAAUCUACCCCGAUACAUCAUCCAGAAGAAGAUUAUAGCACUGCCGCGUUUGUGUCUGCUGUCUCUCUUCAUUCGAUGAAUUUACCAAUUGCAGAGAUGGGAAAUGCAGAGUCUGCUGUUUUCUCAGCCACCCUUCCAGGGCCUGGAGACCCCGGUGCACCGCCGCUCCCCCCAGAGCUGCAGUCGGAGCAGCAGGAGCCGUGCACUAGUUCAAGUGACAAUUGCUUUUUGCCUUUAAGAUCCCGUUCUCUUCAGCCACAGUGAACACAGUGACUUUCGUCUGUUCAUCCAGACGGUACCAAAACUUUGUCAUGUCUUACAAAGGUUAAAAAAUGUUUUCAAACUGUUAACGAGCAAAAUCAGAGGAAACAAUCCAUGCUAUUUACUGUUUCUAAGGAGUAUUUUAUUUUUGUACUUGGGUGACUCUGGAGCUGUUUGAUUUUACAUUCUUUAGGAACCUUUUUUCAAAAGA